CUUCUAUGUCCAAUACAAAAAAUUUGAGAGCACUCUUCUUGAUGUAUCUGAAAACGCCCUUACUCUGUCUGAUAAUGUGAUUGAUGGUAUGUCAGAGACUGAUUCAAUAAAUAACUUCAAUUAUGAUACAUCAGAAGAUUCAAGUGCAUUGAACAAUGACGGGAAUCGCCAAAAAUACUCUAAAGGAACUACAUAUUCGAUGAUAGCAAGCAAUAUUUUGACAGCAACAUUGAGAAUAAAUGGAACCAAUUAUCCAACUGAUGUAGAACUUUCAUUGCUAAAGAAAAUUCCAGAAACCGAUCUUGAAAUAAUUCCGGAUUCACAGAUGUGUGCGUUUCUCUCAGGCGACGAUGGAACGAAUUUGGGAUGGUCCAGCAAAGGAUGUCACCAGAUGUUCAGAUUAUGGAAUGAUGGAAGAUAUCAUUGCAAAUGCAAUCAUACAACCGACUUUGCAGUUCUGAUGCUUGUUUUUCAGCCAGAAGUUGAUAUUCUGCAAGGACAUCGAACGAUUCUAUCGAUUCUUGCCCUCAUUGGUCACACUCUAACAAUCAUAUGUCUUUUAGUCUCCGUCCUGUUAUUCAUCUACUUGAAAAGGGAAAUAAAGUCUGAUCGCCGAGUGAUUCACGUUAAUUUAUUUUUGGCGUUGCUACUGGCGCAUAUAAUCCUUGUUAUUUCGUCUUGGACAAAUAACAUAAAGAGCAUGAACGUUAUUGAUGAUGACGAUGAAACGACAACAAAUACGCAAUGCAUUGUGCUCACUUUCUUCAGUCAUUUUUUACUAUUGAGCGCCAUCUUCUGGAUGCUUGUAGAAGGAAUCGUAAUUUACAGAAAAAUUGUUGUGGUUCUUUCUCGACAAAGAAAUUCAUUUAGCAACUUGUAUUAUGUAAUCGGAUGGGGAGUUCCAGUAGCAGUUGCGACGAUUUGUAUUUGUGUUGGACUAUUGACAGAGAAAAAAUAUAAUUCUUCAGGAUGUUGGUUGUCUGUUACAAGCGGCAUGAUUUGGGCGUUUGCUGCUCCUGCAAUUUUAGUGUUGGUGGCGAACGCCAUCAUAAUGAUCUUGGUGCUAAAAGUUGCCAUGAGAACACAACGACGAAAAGUUGCACGUUUGCCUGACGUUGAAGAGUCUGCAAGAUCGAAGAUGACAAGAGCAGCUUAUAUUAAAACCGCCACAAGGGGCAUUGUGGUAUUGACUCCUCUUUUAGGCUUCACGUGGAUGUGUGGACUUAUUAUGUUUCAUGUCACGAUGGCUUAUAUUUUUGUACUUCUUAAUGCAUUCCAGGGUGUGUUCAUAUUCGGAUGCUACUGUGUAUGCAACCAAGAGGUCCGUACGGCACUGGCCACAAAAUGGAAGCAUUACAAAGCACGGCAAUUUUCUGCGAUGACGGAUGAUAGACCUCUAAAUGAGCAAAGAAGCGAAAACAAAGCUAAAUUCAUCACAAAUCGAUUGUUUAUGCGUCUCUCGUUCUCAGUAACAUCCAGCAGACAAGUUAAUAUUCAUUCUCUCUCACCCGAAAACAGUUCCAGCGUCGUUGACAAAUCCGCAAACGACGAACAGAAACUCGCUAAUCUGGACGAACUAUCGCCUAUGUCGUCACCAGACCGUAGCAGGUACAAUAUUGGAAAUCGAAAGUGUAGCGUUUCGACCCAUUCAACUUCACUCUCUCAUCAAAGUCUUUCUCUGACAUCUCUUCGUAGCGAUGGGACAUCUUCUCGGCGUUCUCGUGCUCAUUUACGGAAAAUGACUAGUCGGGUCAGGCCUUUAUCUUCUGCGGAGAAUAACAAAAUAUCGUUAUCAUCAGGAUUAGAUUUACGACGACCAAUGUCAGCUGACGCUGUUCUAUCACGUGAUGCUUUCGGGUUAAACUAUCCAACAAUGGAAAUUUACGACACAGAGAAAGUUGAUGUUCAGCUCAGCAUUCCUGUUCAUGAAAUUGUUGAAGCUGAAUUUCCAGAGCAAAAAAUCUCUCCCGAAAACUCGCAAAAACUGAUUGCAAUAAAAACGAUACAAGAAACUCAUAAUGACAAAUUUGAAUCAGAUAAGAGUAAAGGGAAUUUGAAUCCUAUAAUAGCGUCAGAUGAUAAUAAUAGCAACAUCAAUAUUUUUAAUGCUGCAGAAACUCCGACACCGAUUUAUAAACGUACUAUGAGUACAGGACAAACCAACUCAUCUAAUAAAGAUCCUUUGCCAAAUAUGGAACGAUACAACCUCCACAGUCGCGAAUAUUACAAAGUAUUUUCGGACGACAUUCCUGUUCCUCUGUAUUCUCAUGCCUGGACAAGAAAAAUGAAACCAACUAAACGGCGUAGAGUAGAGAACAAGAAUCAAAGGAAGCAUACGCCACCCAGGACUUCUGAACCUUGUGGAAAAAGAUCAAUGUCUGCAACAUCAAGCACUAGCGGUAAGACAAAACGCAAAGGACGUAAGUCUCAUUCUGCACGAUCGGAUUCCGUCAGUCUUCCCGCUGCAAUUUCUCGUCCCGUUGAGCGAAAUUCUUCAGAAUAUAGUCGACCAAACAGUGGGGAUAGCAAAGACAGUGGUAUACACGAUGAUGUAGAAACAAUUCAAUACUAACGUGUAACGUUACUGAAGUUUAGCAAAACGUUGUGUUGAAUGCUCACUGAUUCCAAGUUACCUAUGCUAGUCUAAGUAACGAACAAUGGAACCUGCUGAGUACCAAGAGAAACAUAAAAGUGUGAGACUCGGAACACUACUUGGAUAUACUCUGCACUUCACUUGUGAGCACGAUAUUUAAUAGUGGGAUAUACAUAGGCAUUGUAUUUUGCUCAGAAAACGAAUCAUAUACAUCCGUCCGUUACCUCAAUAUUUAUGUUAGAUUUACCAAUGCUUAGUUGUUUGAUUAUUUAAAAUAAAUCAAAUGUGUGG